CACCGUUUGUGUCUGUCGUCUGGAAAUUGAGACAAAAUAUUGAAUACAAAAGUGUUUUUUGAAUACAAUUUGUAAACCAUUUACUGAUUGUUUGCCCACUUUUUGGUCUCAAACACACACUUCACACAACUUUCCCAUACAUUUCCUCUCAUUUGUCAUUCAAUUGCAAUUCAAUUCACAGUUUGUUUUGUCCGACGAAACCAUUAGUCAUAUAAAGCGAUACAAAAUGUUUACAAAAUAUUUAUUAUUUGUUUUGUCAUUAAAUGUGAUUAUAAUUAGUAUUAACUGCGAGACUAAGGGUGCCAUUGGUUUGGAUUCAUUGACUUUCGAUAAGGUUGUGUCCAAAUUCAAGGCAUCGUUGGUUCGCUUCGAUACGGCCUAUCCUUACGGCGAGAAACAGGACGAAUGGGUCAAAGUUGCCGCCGAUCUCAAGGCCACUCCCGACCUACUCGUGGCCGACGUCGGGAUCAGGGAUUACGGCGAGAAGGAGAACCAGGAUCUCGCCGACAGGUAUGCCAUCAAAAAGGACGACUUCCCGGUCGUCAAGCUCUUCCUGAACGGCGAUCUCGAGAAGGCGAUCACCUUUGAGGACAAGGAGUUCAAAGCGGACCGAAUCAAGGCAUUCGUGAGGGCGAAGGCGGGCAUCAAAAUCCUGUUGGACUCGUGUCUCGAAGAGUUCGACGCAUUGGCCGCCAAAUUCACGGCCGAAAAGGUGACGAAAGACAAGCAGAAGAAGGUGUUGGAGUCGGCGAAGAAGGCCGCGGACGCUGUCGCCAAAGAGGCGGACAAGAAGUCGGCCAACAUUUACGUGAAGAUCAUGGAGAAGGCGCUCGAGAGGGGAGUCGUCUUCUACGAGAGUGAGAAGGCGAGGGUUCAGAACCUGUUGUCCGGAAAGGUGUCCGACGCCAAGAAGAAGGAACUCCUCGGAAGGCUUAAUAUAAUCGAGAGCUUCAUCACUACCGGUGCCGCCAAAGAUGAGCUCUGAGUGUCGCCCACUUUUUGGCCAUACUUUUCAUAUACGAGUCUUUUUCUAGUAUUUUGUGAUAAGAUUUUAAAUUAAAUGCAAUUUUUUUUAAUUUCAAAUUUAAGUCCAAUUUUUUGAGAAUCAUUUCAUAUUUUUUUUCUAAGAGUUAUCAUUAAUUUGCGUUUAUUUGUAUCUAAAAUAUUUAUUUUUUACUGUUUUGUCGAUUCCAUACUCUUUUCUAUGUUUUCUAAAGUCUACUGUUUUUACAGUUAAUUGUACUUUUUUUUAUUUAAUAAGGUUUUGUCCUAAAAUAUG